AUGGACUCAACAUACACAGUGACACCGACUCCGGUGCAUGGACAACCUUCGUUUGCAUACUACGAUAACUCAACACAGCAACAAGGUCACUACACCAGCCAGCCAUCAGACCUCCAGUGGUAUGGACAGACACAGUACGCGAACCGGGGGAUGGAGCAGCCAAUCUAUCAGUCUCCAGCUAUGAACAUGCACCAGAUGGCCACCACCAAUGCCUUCCGUGGUGCCGCCAUGAGCAUGACUCCAAUUGCCUCGCCCCAGCCUACGCAGAUGAAGCCAUCUAUUAUUGUGCAGCAAGGUUCUCCCAUCCUCAUGCCUUUGGAUACUCGUUUCUUGAGCCAUGACAUGUACGGCUUCCCAUCUACGCCGCCACUGUCUUCUUCAGGAAGCUCCAUCAGCAGCCCCCCAUCCGCCAAUGGAACUCUCCACACCCCAAUUCACGAUAGCUUCUUUGGCUUUGACAAGGUGGAGGGCGUCAAGGAGGGGUGUGAGACCGAUGUGCACACCGAGCUUCUGGCCAACCAUGACUGGACCCGCACUGAUUCGCCUCCGAUGACACCUGUGUUUAUCCACCCGCCAUCACUUACUGCCAGCCACUCGGACCUGCUCUCCGCCCACUCUUGCCCAUCGCUUUCCCCCUCGCCAUCUCCCGUCCCCACCGACAUUCUCUCUCACUCGCAGACUUUGACCGCUGAGCACCCUGGUGCUUCUUUCUGCGACCCACGUCAACUCACCGUUGAACCGUCGGUGAAUGCACUCACCCCCCAGGAUCUCCCUCCCCUGCCGACUCUCUCAUGUGAAGAGGCGGAGCCUCGUGCCGUCGUGGGCAGUGCGUCUGUGACGCUCCCCGUCAACGAGAACCCUUCCCCCUCUUACACUUCAUCAAAUGAGGACCCUCUGAGCUCCCUGCCGACCUUCGACAGCUUCUCAGACCUCGACUCCGAUGAUGAGAUCAACCGUCUGGUGGAGUUCCACCCGGGCGGUAACGCCGUUUACUUGGGUGACAAGCGCCAGCGGAUGCACCAGUACCUGGCCGAGGAUGAUGGAUUCCUGAGCGAGCACAGCAUUGAGGAUUCUGAUGAUAGCGAGGCUUUCAUCUUGCCCAAUGGUAUUCCAUCUUUCGACUGGACCGAGUCGACUCAGUCCGCUCAGUCCGAGGCCGACGAGGAAGAGCCUAAGACCAAGAAGCGUAGCAACCGCAAGUCAUCCCGCAAGACCAUCCACGAGGAGGAGGAAGAAGAUGAUGAGGAUAUGGAACGGUCCAUGUCUGUGGCUCACUCCCACUCUCCGGGAGCUGAUAGCUGCUGCACCGACUCAGACCCUGCCCCCGUUUCGGUCAACCGCCGCGGCCGCAAGCAAUCUUUGACCGAGGACCCGUCCAAGACUUUCGUCUGCACUCUUUGCUCCCGUCGGUUCCGUCGCCAAGAGCACCUCAAGCGCCACUACCGCUCACUGCACACUCAGGAUAAGCCCUUUGAGUGCAAUGAGUGUGGUAAGAAGUUCUCCCGCAGUGACAACCUGGCUCAGCAUGCCCGCACUCACGGUGCCGGAUCCAUGGUCAUGGGUGUCUUGGACUCGAACGAGGCUAUGUCCUACGAUGAGCAACAAGACGCCGGUGCCUUAGGGGCCGUCAUGUACGAGUCCCCAUCUGGUGCCGAGGCCAGUCCCGACCGCCGACCUGCCAAGAAGCGCAAGCGUGACUUGGCUUAG